AUGUCGGAAACCUUCGAGUUUCAGGCUGAGAUCUCUCAGCUUCUCUCCCUCAUCAUCAACACCGUCUACUCCAACAAGGAGAUCUUCCUCCGAGAGUUGGUUUCCAACGCGUCAGAUGCUCUCGACAAGAUCCGAUAUGAGGCCUUGUCCGACCCCAGCAAGCUGGAGUCUAACAAGGACCUCCGCAUCGACAUUAUUCCCGACAAGGAAAACAAGACCUUGACUAUCCGUGAUACGGGUAUCGGUAUGACCAAGGCUGACCUUGUCAACAACCUUGGUACCAUCGCCCGCUCGGGUACCAAGCAGUUCAUGGAGGCGUUGACCGCUGGUGCCGAUGUUUCCAUGAUUGGUCAGUUUGGUGUCGGUUUCUACUCCGCAUACCUUGUUGCCGACCGAGUCACAUUCAUCUCCAAGCACAACGAUGACGAGCAGUACAUCUGGGAGUCGUCUGCCGGUGGCACCUUCAGCGUUAAGCCUGACACCGAGGGUGAGCCCCUUGGUCGUGGCUCCAAGUUGAUCCUUCACCUGAAGGAUGAGCAGACCGAGUACCUCAACGAGAGCAAGAUCAAGGAGGUCAUCAAGAAGCACUCGGAGUUCAUCUCCUACCCCAUCUACCUCCACGUCAAGAAGGAGACCGAGAAGGAAGUCCCCGAUGAGGAUGCUGAGGUUGAGGAGGUCGAGGAGGGCGAGGACAAGAAACCCAAGAUCGAGGAAGUCGACGAUGACGACGAAGAGAAAGAAAAGAAGAAGAAGACCAAGAAGGUCAAGGAGACUUCCAUCGAGGAGGAAGAGCUCAACAAGCAGAAGCCCAUCUGGACUCGCAACCCCCAGGACAUCACCCAAGAGGAGUAUGCUGCCUUCUACAAGUCUCUUUCCAAUGACUGGGAGGAUCACCUUGGCGUCAAGCACUUCUCUGUUGAGGGUCAGCUCGAGUUCCGAGCCAUCCUCUUUGUUCCUAAGCGUGCUCCGUUCGAUCUCUUCGAGACCAAGAAGACCAAGAACAACAUCAAGCUCUAUGUCCGCCGUGUCUUCAUCACUGACGACGCCACUGACCUCAUCCCUGAGUGGCUUAGCUUCAUCAAGGGUGUCGUUGACUCUGAGGACCUGCCUUUGAACUUGUCUCGUGAGACUCUCCAGCAAAACAAGAUCAUGAAGGUCAUCAAGAAGAACAUUGUCAAGAAGGCUCUCGAGCUGUUCAACGAGAUUGCCGAGGACAAGGAGCAAUUCGACAAGUUCUACAGCGCUUUCUCUAAGAACUUGAAGCUCGGUAUCCACGAGGACUCCCAGAACCGACAGAUCUUGGCUAAGCUUCUGCGAUUCAACUCUACCAAGUCCGGCGAUGAGCAGACUUCGCUUUCCGACUAUGUCACCCGCAUGGCCGAACACCAGAAGAACAUUUACUACAUCACUGGCGAGUCCAUCAAGGCCGUUUCUAAGUCUCCCUUCUUGGAUGCUCUCAAGGAGAAGAACUUCGAAGUUCUCUUCCUGGUCGACCCCAUUGACGAGUAUGCCAUGACUCAGUUGAAGGAGUUUGAAGGCAAGAAACUCGUUGACAUCACCAAGGACUUCGAUCUCGAGGAGACCGAAGAGGAGAAGAAGGCUCGCGAGGCUGAGGAGAAGGAGUACGAGAGUCUUGCCAAGUCAUUGAAGAAUGUUCUCGGCGACAAGGUCGAGAAGGUUGUCGUCUCUCACAAGCUGGUUGGCUCUCCUUGCGCCAUCCGAACCGGCCAAUUCGGUUGGUCUGCCAACAUGGAGCGUAUCAUGAAGGCCCAGGCUCUCCGUGACACCUCCAUGAGCAGCUACAUGAGCUCCAAGAAGACUUUUGAGAUCUCCCCCAAGUCUCCUAUUAUCAAGGAGCUGAAGAAGAAGGUCGAGGCCGAUGGUGAGAACGACAAGACCGUGAAGUCCAUCGUCCAGCUUUUGUUCGAGACCUCCCUCCUUGUCUCUGGCUUCACCAUUGAGGAGCCCGCUGGCUUCGCUGAGCGCAUCCACAAGCUAGUGUCUCUCGGCUUGAACCUUGACGAGGAACCUGAGGUUGAGGAGGUGCCAGCUACCGCUGAGACCGCUGCUGCUGAGACCGGCGACAGCGCGAUGGAGGAGGUCGACUAA